AGAGCUUCAAGAAACUUUACUCAGUCAAUGCGUCGAACACCUUCCACGCAAAAUCAAAAUCUUGGAGAGAAUCCUCAAGAGUCACGAUGUCUAUCCCAAUUCUCGAGACCUGCCGGAAGAGGAAGAGACGGCCGAGGCUGUUCUCCUUCCACACAUUCGCUGACCCCGGUUGCCCCGUCGUUCCCACUGGUGUUUUCCGGGAUAACAUACGAGCUUUUCUUAAAGAAUGUGCUGAGCCCGAGGAGUAUUGCGUCAGGGGAAUGCCCGUCUGGUGUACCCUUCUUGUUCAUCAGAAUAAGAGCUUUGUUGUUCCUCUGUACACUAUCGAGGAGAAUGUCUUUAAUUCGUCACAACCCUAUUGCGAUCACUGCAAAUCUACAGGUUGGAGUUACCAUUUUGUUUCAAAGAGGAAGUAUCAUCUAAUUGUGCCUACUGAUAGAGAGUGGAACAGGCCUUUAGAUGAUGGGGUUUUUGAUCUUCAAACACAUCUACUACAUGGGUUAAUUCAUGGUAAUGGUUUUGGUCACUUGAUCUGCAUCAAUGGAAUUGAAGGGGGGUCGAAGUAUCUGUGUGGCAGGGAAUUGAUGGAUCUCUGGAACCGCAUAUGUGAAAAUCUUCGAGUAAGGAAAAUCACAGUUGAGGAUUUGUCAAAAAAGCAUGGUAUGGAUCUGAGAUUGCUCCAUGGAGUAGCCUACGGGCGUCCAUGGUUUGGGAGAUGGGGCUACAGGUUUGGUAGUGGAAGUUUUGGGAUUACACAGAGCCAUUAUGAUAGGGCAACUGAAGUUCUGAGCUCUUUGGAACUUGAGAAAAUUAUUCAUGAUUUCACUGACAAAGAGCAAUGCAUGCAAAUCAGGCAAAUUGUCCGGUAUUACAGAGAUAUAAGCGAGAUCCAAUUGAUCACAAUAAGAGACCUUUUACGGUUCAUGCUAACUAUCAAAUCUUGUGCUCCUCAGCAGCAGAAAUUGGCCUUAGCUACCUCAGCUUCUGCCCCAAAACAUCACACUGGAAUAGUUAAGAAGGGUGCUCUGAAUGAAAAGUCUUCCUCCAGGUGUAGAAGAUUCAGCACUAUGAUUCCUAAUAUGGACAGCAGAUGGCCAGCUAGAAGGUUGGAAUUUACAGCUGAGGUCAUUGUAAAUGCUUUAAAAGAACAUAGGGAACAAUCUGGAUAUGGUGGGAUGACAAGGCAAGAUCUCAGAGAUGCUGCAAGGAUGCACAUUGGUGACACUGGUUUAUUGGAUUAUGUUUUGAAAUCGAUGAACAACGUUAUUGUUGGAUGUCACGUGGUACGCCGUGCAGUUAACUCAUCUCGAGUUUUGGAGUAUACUAUUGAUGACAUUUGUACUGGGGUUAAGAUGACAGAACAAGAAACAGAGAUGCAUCCACCGCCUCUUGUAACAACUACACUGGUUCCGGGGAAAGAUGUUUACAGCGAUGUAGUUUAUAUGUAUACUAAUGUUCUCCUGGAUUAUCCAGAAUCAGAGUUGGUGAGCUAUGCCAUUCAAGUGAUUCUAGAUGGCAAACAGUUCGUGAAGGAGUGGCCAUUCAGAGAUGCUGACGACCAACUUUUAAGAUUCUUUUGCCAAGUGACCCCAAGUUUGUUUGAUUUAGAACAAGAACUGGCAGGGAAAUUGCCACCUGGAGAACUGGUAACAGUUCCAUUGCAUGCCACGGUAUCAGAGCUUAAACAAGCAGCUGGAAAAGCACUGAGGGAUGCCUAUUGUAUCAUGGAAAAACUUGUGGUGACAGAUAUUGAGGGUCUGGAAGAAAUGGAAGACGGAGAUGUAUUGUUUGGAGCAGUUGAGUCAGGUACAGAUAUUGUGGUCAGUGGUAGUGGAAUUGAUUUAAAUUCUAAAUUGAGGUAUGAAGGUGGAGCUGAAAAUUGGAUGGUAAGAUGUGAAUGUGGUGCUCAGGAUGAUGAUGGAGAAAGGAUGGUGGCAUGUGACAUCUGUGAGGUGUGGCAUCACACAAGGUGCUGUGGCAUUGAAGACUCUGAGGAUGUGCCACCUCUGUUCGUAUGUCCAGGAUGCUGCACUUAUUUUGUGCAGCCAAGAAGUGAACCUGCAUUCAACUACCUGGAUUCUAAUGAUCCGCUGUUAAACCCAGAAACUGGAUGUGGGAUGAGCUCUAUCGCAAACGAACUCUGUUGGAAUUCUAGUUUGAUAUGCGAGAAUUAGGUUAGUGCUAGCUGCAUUGAUUACCAUUACUAUAAGAUGCAAAUUCUGAUUUUGGAUAUAUAGGUUGAUCAUGAUUCUCAUCAUCUCUCAUGUAUAUGUUGAUUACCAGGCAAAGGUAAGUUUCCCAAGGUCCCAACCAGAAGCAAUAUCCUGUUGUUGUAACAACUUGUAUUACUUGUUCAAUGAAAUACAUACCAAAUU